AUGGACCCAUUAAGCAUCGCAGCCAGUGUAAUAGGCGUUGUUACGCCUGCGCUACAUGGCACGAUUCGUGACGCGCCUAAUGCUAUUAGGUUAAUGAAGGACGAUCUUCUUACUAUUGACAAUUCCUUAACAUCCCUCCAGGCUGUAUCAGAGCAACAGUGGAAAUCCCUAGGCGACAGCGUAGUUGCUCAGUUGGAGCCUGCGAUCGAGUUAUACACAAACUCAUGCGAUAAAUUCAGGACAUCCCUCGGUCGCUGGACUCGGCAUAGUGAUGACGGAAAGCUAUCUUGGCGAGAUCAGGCAGUGGUUGGGGUCCUCAAACAGGGCCAGAUAAAGUCUAUGUCAGAGCAACUUCAGGGUUGCAAGUUCUUACUUCAGUUGUCACCAUCGCAUCUCUAUAGUCAGCUGGCUGAGAUGAAUACGAAACUGGGAGCGCUAGUUCUAGCGAAGCGGGAGCAGAACGAGACAGAAGCCGACCGUACUGAUGCAAUCAGUCAGGUAGCAGCUGGGCAGACUGCUCUAAGUGUAUCGCGCAAUUUACUUGAAGAGCUUCUCUUAGGUAUUCAAACCGCAGCCGCAAACGCCCAAAGUACUGAACCGGGGGUGAAUAUUCAGUUUGGAGAUCAAAAUAAAGGCUCUCAAACUGGUAUUAACCAUGGUACAGUCAAUAACACUUUUAAUAGCCGGGACUAA